GGAGAAACUCAUAAAGCCAGCAGAGGCCUGUGAGUUCACAGAUCCGUUCUCUGUUGGUAGAGUCUCUACGUGUUGCACGAUGUGGUUUCUGGUCUUUGUCUGCACGUUGAAAGUUGUUGGUGGCGUCCCUAUAAAUCAAACGCAGGAGGGUCACGCAACAGAUAAUGUUACUAUCACUUCUAUGCCUGAUGUGCCGGAACCAAACGCCACAGAGGCUUUAAAAGUUGGUGUCGUCCACUUAAACGGCGGACAGAAUAUGACUUUUCCUCCACCAGAUGGAGUUGAUUCAGGGCUUGAGCCACAGCGAGCCAGUGCAGAGGUCUUAGAAGAUCUUCAAGAAGACACGAGUGUCCAAGAGGGAGACAUUUUGCUUUCGGAGGACAGGAACGCUGUGUCGUCGCUGUGGGCGGACGCCACCGUGCCUUACACCAUCAGUUCAGAGCUGGGUGAUCGAACAGGUACCAUCUUCGCUGCCAUCAAGAUGAUCACAGACGUCACCUGCAUUCGCUUCACGCCACACAACAAAGAGUUUAACUACAUCAACUUCCUGGAUGGCAAAGGCUGUGCGUCCUUUGUUGGUUGUCAAGGAGGAGCCCAGAAGCUGUUUUGCGCCCGCUCGUGUUCUGUAGGGAAUCUGUGCCACGAGAUGAUUCACGCUCUGGGGCUGCACCAUGAACACACCCGCAAGGACCGCGAUGAACACGUCACUGUGAAGUGGAAGAACAUCCAGCCAGGGAAAGAAUCAAACUUCAAGCUGAAACGUGGAAACACUCUGAACCUGCCGUAUGACCUCAGCUCCAUCAUGCACUACGGAGAGUAUUUCUUCAGUCGAGACGGAAGUCAGACGAUUUUGCCCAAGAGCAGCAAAGCGCUGAUUGGUCAGAGGACGCACCUCAGCAAGCUGGAUGUGGAGAAACUGAACGGACUCUACCACUGCGAGGAGCGGAAGAGGGAAGGAAAUCUGUGAGCUGAAGAGAUUUAAUAAAAUUAUUUAAAUAUC